GAGGAUGCCGAGUUCACAGCAGCCGCGGAGAGCCAUCAGGCGACGAAGUGGCAUGCAAUCCAUAGCUCAGGACUCAUCGACUCCACCCACCUCCGCUACAACAUCCUCUGCCCAGGCCGUCUUCUUCAUCUCCGUCUCUUACUCGAGGCGCCGUUUGACUUACUUUGCGCUUACCAGUGGGCCUGGAAUCCCGGGAAAACCGCAUUCCAGGGAAAACACAGGGCCAAGGAGAUGGUACAACAGCGCAAAGGCCUUUGGCAGUGCAUGGAUAAAUGGCUUGGCAGCCGACCCCAGCGCAGCUACUUUGCCAUGGCAGGCGACUUCAAUACGGGGCUGGAGCCAGAGGCGCCCAUCUGCGGGACGGGCGUCUGCGAUGCUGCUGGAGCUGCACACCAGGAUCAAGGCACAUUCCAGGAGCUCCUCCGAGCUCACAGGUGCUGUGCCCUGAACACCUGGUCAGGCCGAGGCCGCAACGCCCGCACCUACGUGCCACCACAUGCCACAGCACAGCAUGGCUCCCAGAUCGAUUUCAUCAUAGUCCGUGAAGCGCAGGCUGAUCAAGUGUCUAGGCAAGCAACACCCUCCUUGACGAAGUUUGUCCCUCAGACGGGCUGCCGCCAUCUUCCGCUACAAGCCUCGAUCCUGGCACCCCGCAGGCCACGACGCCAGGACCCACCAGGUCGGAUACCGCCCAGGCUUGUGCAGCAAGCCCUCCGACAGCCCCCCUUCGAGCACAUGCUCCACAAAGAGAUUGCCCAGGCCAUGACGCAUAUGCAUCCUUCGGAAGCCCAAGACGCUGAUCUAGAUGCUGUACUGUGCACAGGCUGGCGGAGCACCACCAAUAGACUGGACCCAACAGGCCCAGCCAGCCUCACUCCGCCCAACCCGGACACGCUCACACCACAGGUCCAUGCCAUGUGGCACACUCGGGAUCAGCUACAUCGGGCCGGCAGCACCCUCGGGAAGUGGAGGCAAGCCGGAAUCAACCUGCGCGCAGUGAUCAGAGCCUGGGCUCUUUCGGCACGCCUGCAGGUCCAAACUAGAGCUCUCCGCAAGGCCUGCCGACACAAGAAGAUCCGGAGAGUUGCAGACGUGGUACAGGCUGACAACGUCUUCCAAGCAGCCAAACAGUUUGCUCCCCGCAACCCGAGGCGGAGACUUCAACUUCGGACGGCAGAUGGGCAUCUACAGACUCAUGAGGCUGAGUUCCGGCAAAUUGUGCGCCAUUUCGAGAACCUAUAUGAUGGCCCCACGGCCGACAGCCCAGUGCUCACCGAAGCUAUCCAGGUCUCCCUGACAGAGCUCGACCAAGCCUUCAUGCGCCUCAAGCCAGGCAAGGCGCUGCCAGGAUCGUGUGCACCAGCUGCGCUAUGGAAGCGCUUCCAAGAACAGGUGAAGCCUCUGCUGCUCCUUCAAUACGAUCACCACCUGCGCCCUGGAGCCAGCACCCUUCCGCAGGCGUGGUGCCUUAGUGAACUAGUCUUGUUACCCAAGCCGGGGAAACCCAUGAAGUCGCCGGCACACCUCAGACCAAUCUCACUUCUACCGCUACAAGCUAAGCUCCUCGCGGCGGUCCUUGCCCAGCGCCUUCAAGGCCCGGCCAAUGAGUUUCUGCAGCAGAUCCCGCAGUACGCUUACGUCAGUGGCCGGUCCCCGUCGCAGGCCCUGGAACGAGUUAUCAGUCACUGUGCCAGUGUACGGAAACUUGUCCAGGACAACACCAACAAUAUCCACGGCCGCCGAUCGGGUCGCACUGGCCUAGGCCUCUAUGGAGGCUGUCACCUUUCACUUGACAUCUCCUGCGCAUACGAUCAUGUUCCCUGGUCUUCCUUGCAGACGGCACUUCGUGCCGCGGCAGUGCCGGAGAACCUCAUCCAGGCCGUCUUGCUUGUGCACCACACAGCGGGUUUACACAUCAAGCACUGUGGGAUGGAGAAAGUUGUUAGCCUUAAACGUGGACUCCGACAAGGUUGCGGACUAUCGCCUCUCCUUUGGGCGAUUUACUGCGGAUGGCUGCUGCAGGGCAUGCAUCAGCCUGAGGUCUUAGAUGUGUCUCGUGCCAAUACCAGCUAUGCUGACGACAUGCAUUACGCUUGGACUAUCCUACAUGGCAGGGAUCUCGAGAUGGCCUACAAUGCCAUGAAGCACAUCCUGGCCCACUUGACCAGGCACGGCCUCACUAUCAGCCAAGAUAAAACGGUGGUAGUCUUGGAACUCCUAGGACCUCAAGCACGCAAAGCCCUCGAGCGGUACACGGUGACCAAACAAGGCACCCGUUACUUCCGAUUCGUGGUUGACCAGCAAGUGCUCCUCAUCAAAGUUCUGACCCAACAUGUAUAUCUCGGUGCGGUGAUCAGUUUUCGUAAGUUCGAACAGGAGACGUUCCGGCACCGAUUGGCCUUGGCCAGAGGCACCCACUCCAGGCUCGGCAGGAUCCUGCGCAAUCGAGUUGUACCGGUACACCUUCGGCUUCGAUUGUGGCUAGGUUGUAUCUGGCCAGCUCUUCUGCACGGUCUUGACUGCACAGGUCUCCCCCUUAAGGAGUUACAGACACUACAAGUGCAGUUGAUGAAGCAAGCCAGAUCCAUCGCCAAUUCUCACAGCAUGAUCACCAAAGAAUCCAACGAGGACUUCGCCCGACGGCUCCGCCUCCCUGACCCCCUACGUCGGCUUCGCCAGGCCCUUGAGCACCGACAGCAUGCUGACCAAUUCCUGCAUGCCAUUCUGCGCCCAGGCGAGGCCCAACAGCAGUGGAGAACCAUUGUGAGAGGGCACCUCUCUGCUAGCUCGGGUGGUUGGAGUGACCCUACCUCGAGCAGCCCAAGCCUACCAACGAAGCUCCAGCCAGUUGACCGGGUCCUUCAUGAAGUCUUCAGCUGUGAGGUUUGUGGUCAAGAAUUUUCCACGCAAGCCUCCCUGCGCAAGCACAUGUACUGUAACCACCUGGAUGCUGAACAGCAAGUGCAGCGUGAUCAAGAAGUUAAGGCUUCCAUCCAGGGUGCCGAGAUGUCCCAUGCUAAGGACGGUAUGCCACAGUGUAAACACUGCCUUCACCAGUUCAGCACCUGGCAUGCCUUUAACUAUCAUGUCAAUUCGCGCAGCUGUGAGUUUCUGAGAGCUCUGUACCAGAAUGACACUACGAUCCAGACGGUCCUCCCCUUACUGACUGAUGCCUUGAUCUAUUCGCAAGAAGUUCUGGACUGUGCUCACAGCUGCAAUUGGCAAGACUUGGCAUUGCUACCGUGUGUUCAGGCCAAACAUCACCACUGUGUGGAAUGUAAUCACUGGAGUGUCAAGCCACAGUAUGUUCGCCGACACAUGUCCCAGAAACACCCGGAGUGUGACCCAUUGAUCCAACGAUGCAUCCAGGACAUCAAGGACGCACACCUUAGAGCUUGCAUCGGGGUUUUCAACGGAGUUUACUUGCACCGUAGGCCGGAAAUGGCCCCACCAACGGAGCUAAUGAUGGCCAACGGACUGGACUCGGGAUGGGAUCCGGAGCUCGAUCAGUCGGACUACGACCAGGACGUCGACAGUGGGACAGCCGACCUCCGGCCCCUCGAUCCGAGCACUCUUGGCAACCUCCUCGACAGCAGCCGCACCCAGGACCAAGACCAGCAGCAGGACGAGAUGAAGGAAAUGAGGAACAUGGUCAGCCUCCUCUCCACCAUGGUGUUGCGUCAGGAGACGCAACAAACCAUAUUGAGACAAGAUACAGGUUUCAUGAUCUUCGUCCAGACUCGGACGCUGCAAAACUUGGGACAAAGCUUGUACCACAUAGGACAAGCCUGGCACAAAGCCAAGCGGGACGACCCCCAGUCGUUGAAGGCCCCGAUGAGAGUUGUCCUCUACCAACAUUUUCUCGAAGUGAUCCGGGACAGAUUCAAGGCGAUGUUGGCUACGCCGUCGGCGAGGUCGACGGCGGCGGGGAUGGGAUGGAUCUCGGCCGAUGGCCAACAGGUGUACGGCAUCAAAUGGGAUGCCACGAGCAAACAACAUGUCAAAGACGAGGCGGCUCCCUCCUUCUCGCCCCAGGAAAUCGAGGAGGCCCUGACCAAACUGGUGAUUGCGGCCCCGGAGCAGUUUGUGAUCCAGCGCUUCCACGCCACCCGGCCGUUGGCGGAGGAGUAUCAGGCCACGUCCCUUGGGAUGUUUCUGGAGGACACGUGGCAUUGCCUUCAUCAGCUGGCGGGUUCGGCGGUUUGGGCGGCAGGUGGAUGCUACCUGCGGCACGAGAGGAUGAAGAUGAGUGCCCUGGCCAAGCGCCUAAGUUCACUGAUGCGUUAG